UCGCCUCAAUCCUCAUCAUCUGCAAUAGUGAAUCAAAGCAGAGCCGGCAGCGCUCAUCAAUCCUGCUGAUCAUCGGCGACGGCAGCUUCGGGCUGGUGUACAAGGCCCAGCUGAACUCCGGCGCGUGGUGGCCGUGAAGAAGCUCUCCCCGGACGCCUUCAGGGGAGGAGGGAGAGAGAGAGCUAAGAAAAGAGAGAAAGGGGUGGGGAAAGGGUGAAGAACCAAGGAAAUGGGAGGAGGACCGAGGAUUUCAACGAUUUUUACAGGAGAUUUUGUGAUAGAAAAAAGCCAAAGGUGAAAAUUUCACAACGUCCAAAACUUACCGGAAUCGUUUAAUACGCUUUCGAGCACAAAGUCGGAGAUGACACCAAUUCCUCCAAUCAAACUCUUUUUACCCUUUGUUAUUACAAGGGUAAUAUCGACAUUUCAUCCACAACUACCACCUUUCUGGCAUGUUGUCACACAGCUUCUGCAACAUUUUUUUUCUUCUUUUGAUGGAAAACUUCUGCAACAUUUAACAGAAAAGUACAAGUAUUUUGCGUUCCUUCCCACUAUAGUCUGUUCUACGUUGAUCUCCAUUUCUUUCAGAAAAAUCUGCAACGUCCAAUCUCAGUUGUGUGCAGCGAUUUUAUCCUUUCUCUCACACACAUUCAUAAACGCGAAACUCUUCUCCGUUUUUGCUUGUUUGAAGUCCGAGAUGGGGGCGGGCAGAAAAACUACAACAAUUACACUGGAGGAGAAAUAUGAAACUUCCUGGAAAGCUAACGCUGGUGCACCUGCUAGAAAUUUGACAAAAGUUGAACUCGGAGCCAUUAUAUUUGGAUGCAAGCAUAGCACUAUCAAGGAAUGCUUGGAAAAUGAGCUUUUUGGAUUGCCAGCUGGGCAUUAUUCAUAUGUGAAGAAAGCAACCCCUGGCCUUCCACUUUUUCUGUUCAACUAUAGUGACCGGAAGCUUCAUGGUGUAUUUGAAGCAGUGUCAUGUGGCCAGAUGAAUAUUGAUCUGAAUGCAUGGAUCACUACGAGUGAGGGUGCUGCGACUACACCAUAUCCUGCACAGGUACGAAUCCGUGCAACGUGUAGAUGUCGUCCUUUGCUUGAAGAAGAAAUGAGACCUAUAAUUGCAAACAAUUACUACACAGAGAAGUUCUUUUGGUUUGAGCUUGAUAAAGAACAAACAAAAAGAUUGAUGACACUCUUCAAAUCAUCUCCAUGUCCAGAAAACAUACUCCGCCCCUCAAAUGCAGAUUGGAAGAAAAACAUCUUCAAUGCUCCGUUGAGAUCUAGUGUAGUUAACUUGGAAGCACGUUAUGGAAUGGCUGAGGCAAGGUUAAAAGAAAAUAAGCAAUCGAAUGUCUCAGUCUGUAACAGUAACAGAGAUGCUUUUUCCCCGGAGAAGAAAUGGAGUGAGUUGUUCAAACCUUCUUCUUCUUCGUCAGCAGUGAACCAUGCUGAAGUUUCCACACCUCAGAAAGUGUUAAAUCCAGCAACAUCAGAAUGUUUUGAUGAGGAGUGGGAAUCUGCCUCAAAUUCUAAUGCAUGGGGUGAAUUGCCUCCUGAAGAAGUUCAUUACGAUGAUACUAAUGUCGAGAGUGACUCAAGUAUUGUGGAAUGUUGGGAAGAUAGCGAUCUUGUUGACAGUUAUUUGAAAGAGAUAUCUGAAAGCAGUAGGCAAUUUCAUGAUGGAGACAGUGUUAGGCCUAAUCUGAAAGACGACAAGAUGACUCUUUUGGAUGGAUGGGGUGAUCCUGUGCAAGCUGAUGAGUCUGAAGAAGGUUUGAUCGAUAGCAAAGAAAACAAUGGACCUAGCAUCACUUUGGCACCUGUACAAGAUAGUCAGCUUAACUUGAUGGACAGGAGGGUUCAAGAGGACAAGUCCGAAGAAUAUAUACAACCUUCCCAAUUUAUGUACAUGAUCACUAAGUUUAUGGAAGAAAUUGAAGAGUUGAAGGUCACGCAGUUCAAUCAAAGUCUGAAAAUUGAGACUCUUGAGCAGGAGUUGGGCCAUUCCAAACAAGAACUUGAUGAAUUGAACAAGAGGUUUCAAAAGUUGGAAUAAUCGCCAUCCUCCUCGAAUGAUCGGUAAUACACAAAAAGCUGCGCAUCCCAUAUUCCCAUGUUUUAUAUUCAGAGCAAUUAAUAACUCCCUAGACUUAUAAUAUAUUUUAUGAUAAUUAAAGUAUGUGUCAAUUCAGUCUACUUUCACAGUAUUGACAAUUAACUCCCUAUAUUUUAUGAUUUCAAGUAAUUUUAUGCUAUUUUU